CCCAGCAUGGAGGUGAAGAACUUUGCAGUUUGGGAUUAUGUCGUAUUUGUAGCCCUCUUAAUCAUUUCCUCUGGAAUUGGGGUGUUCUUUGCCAUUAAGGAGAGAAAAAAGGCAACUUCCAGUGAGUUCCUGGUAGGGGGAAGACAAAUGAGCUUUGGCCCAGUAGCCUUGUCUCUGUCAGCCAGCUUCAUGUCAGCUGUCACUGUCUUGGGGACCCCUUCCGAUGUCUACCGCUUUGGGGCAUCUUUCAUACUCUUCUUCAUUGCGUAUGCAUUUGUCAUCAUCGUCACAUCAGAGCUUUUUCUCCCUGUGUUCUACAGAUCUGGCAUCACCAGCACUUAUGAGUACUUACAACUACGAUUCAACAAAACAGUUCGCUAUGCAGCAACAGUAACCUACAUUGUGCAGACGAUUCUCUACGCAGGAGUCGUGGUGUAUGCUCCUGCUCUGGCCCUCAAUCAAGUGACUGGGUUUGAUCUCUGGGGCUCGGUGUUUGCAACAGGAAUUGUGUGCACAUUCUACUGUACCCUGGGAGGAUUAAAAGCAGUGGUGUGGACAGAUGCAUUUCAGAUGAUUGUCAUGAUUGUUGGCUUCUUAUCUGUCCUCAUUCAAGGAUCAGCUCAUGCUGGUGGAAUAUAUAAUGUAUUUGAGCAAUCAGCAAAUGGAUCUCGACUAUAUAUAUUUGAUUUUGACGUAGACCCUCUCAGGCGGCACACUUUUUGGACAAUCUCAGUGGGAGGAACUUUUACAUGGCUCGGAGUCUAUGGAGUUAAUCAAUCAACCAUCCAGCGAUGCAUCUCUUGCAAAACAGAAAAGCAUGCUAAGCUUGCCUUGUACUUUAACUUGUUGGGCCUCUGGAUCAUUCUGUUGUGUGCUGUCUUCUCUGGCUUAAUUAUGUAUGCCUACUUCAAAGACUGUGACCCUUGGACUUCUGGCAUUAUCUCAGCACCAGACCAGCUGAUGCCAUACUUUGUCAUGGAGAUAUUUGCCACAAUGCCAGGACUGCCAGGACUUUUUGUGGCUUGUGCCUUCAGUGGAACUCUGAGCACUGUGGCUGCCAGCAUCAAUGCCUUAGCAACAGUGGCCUUUGAGGACUUCAUCAAGAUCUGUUUUCCCCAUGUCUCCGACAAGCUGAGCACCUGGAUCAGUAAAGGCUUAUGUAUCUUGUUUGGCGUGAUGUGUACCUCUAUGGCUGUGGCUGCAUCCCUCAUGGGGGGCGUCAUACAGGCUGCUCUCAGCAUCCACGGCAUGUGCGGGGGACCAAUGCUGGGUCUAUUCUUUCUAGGAAUCCUAUUCCCUUUUGUGAAUUGGAAGGGUGCACUAGGAGGCCUUCUUAUUGGACUCACCUUGUCAUUUUGGGUGGCCAUUGGGGCCUUCAUUUAUCCUGCACCAGACUCUAAGACAUGGCCCUUGCCUUUAUCAACAGACCAAUGUGUCCAGUCAAAUAUGACGGCAUCAGUGCUUUUGGAACUAUCCAGGAGACCUGCAAUAGCUGACACCUGGUACUCACUCUCCUACCUCUACUACAGUGCAGUGGGCUGCCUAGGAUGCAUUAUUGCUGGAAUAAUCAUCAGCUUCAUAACAGGUUACCAAAGAGGCAAGGAUAUUCAACCACUGUUAAUUAGACCAGUUUGCAAUUUAUUUUGCUUUUGGUCUAAGAAAUAUAAAACACUGUGCUGGUGUGGAGUUCAGCAUGAGAGUGAUACAGAGCAGGAAAAUCUUGAGAUUGACAGUACCUGGAAAAAAGGGGCUGAAUCUGUCUUACAUAACGGACUCAGGGGAGAAAGCCCGAUCCACAUUCCAGGCUAUGAUCCCAAGAACCAAAGUUACAACAAUAUGGCAUUUGAGAAUAUUACCCAUUUCUGA